GAGGAGUGGAUGGAGGGAUCAGUGAUAGGCAGGCAGUAGAGGAGUGAGGAGGUCUGGAGAGCUCAGCAGAGGAGCAGCGGACUCAGGUGAUAAUGAGGCUUUAAGAGGAGUAAGGGAUCAGCUGCUGGAUCUUCUGAGGACUGAAGAGUCGAUUUAAAGACAAUAAGAAGAUAAGAAUAAGACAAUACAUCUGAGAGAAGAGUCAAUCCAUCAGCUCCAUCAGUUUGGGAAUAAACUUUAUGGACGAUGCCCGUCUUCUCCUUCCUCCACCUCGUCCUCGUCCUCCUCCCAUGUCCCGUCUUCCUGAGCGGGGACACCGCUCUGGUCUCCGUGUCCCAGCGCGUCUCCAGAGACACCAAACCCCAGUCCAUCCGGGUGGUGGUCUCAGAGCCGUGCCUGCAGGGCGGAGACCCCUGUGAGCCCAGCGAGGCUAAAGGGAAGGAGGUGGAUCUGGAACCGGGGGCUCCUCUGGUUCUGACCCACCGGAUCCGGCUGGUUCCGAGCUCGGGGUCCGGCUGCGGCGGCUGCGAGGGGGACUUCGCGGCUCUCAGGGCUCGUCUGGAGAGGCUGGAGAGGGAGGUGUCUGAGCUGAGGGAGAAAUGUGGAGGUCCGGAGGGAGGAUGCUGCACCUCCCAGCAGAGUAAAGGAGCCGGAUGCACCACGGUCCAGCCACCGACAGACGAGUGUCCGGAUGACUGCAGUGAUCAGGGACGCUGCGUGGACGGAAAGUGCGUUUGUUUCCCAGGAUUCAGUGGGCCGGACUGCAGCGAGUCCGACUGCCCGGGUAACUGUAACGACAAAGGGAAGUGCGUGGACGGUCAGUGUGUGUGCGAUCCCGGCUUCACCGGUCCGGACUGCUCCCAGAGCUCGUGUCCUGGGAACUGCAACAACCGAGGGCGGUGUGUGAACGGGAAGUGUGUGUGUAACCCCGGCUUCUCUGGUCCGGACUGUUCCGGUAAAUCUUGCCCCAAAAACUGCAGCAACCGUGGCAGAUGUGUGAACGGGAAGUGCGUGUGCGAUACCGGAUUCACCGGCCCGGACUGCUUGGCUCGGUCGUGUCCGAGAAACUGCAGUAACAGAGGCAGGUGUGUGAACGGGAAGUGUGUGUGUGAAGCCGGAUUCUCUGGUCCGGACUGUUCUGAAAGGUCUUGCCCUGGAAACUGUAACAAUAAGGGCCGGUGUGUGAACGGACAGUGUGUGUGUGACGCUGGGUUUUCUGGUCCAGACUGUUCCGCCAAGACGUGUCCUGAUAACUGUAAUAACCGGGGACGGUGUGUGAAUGGGAAGUGUGUGUGCGACGAGGGGUACGGCGGUCCGGACUGUUCUGAGAGGACCUGCCCCGGAAACUGCAACAACAAAGGCAGGUGUGUGAAUGGUCAGUGUGUGUGUGACCCCGGUUUCACCGGUCCGGACUGUUCCGAGAGGACCUGCCCCGGAAACUGCAAUAAUAAAGGCAGGUGUGUGAACGGACAGUGUGUGUGUGACCCCGGUUUCGCCGGACUGGACUGUUCCGCCAAAUCCUGCCCUAAUGACUGCAGUGACCGAGGUCAGUGUGUGGACGGUGAGUGUGUGUGCGAUGAAGGUUUUACCGGUCCGGACUGUUCCGCCAAAUCCUGCCCCAACGACUGCAGCAACAAAGGCAGGUGUGUCGACGGCAAGUGUGUGUGUGACGUGGGCUUCACCGGGCCGGACUGCUCCACCAAGACCUGCCCUAACAACUGCAGCAACCGUGGCAGGUGCGUGAGGGGCAGGUGUGUGUGCCGGCGUGGAUUCACCGGACCGGACUGCAGCGAGUGUGAAGAAGGGUUGACGGGACCCGACUGUGCAACAGCUCUGACGGGAGUUUCUCGUCUCAGUACGAGAGACAUCACCGAGUCUUCCGUCACUCUCUUCUGGACUCCUCCCUCUGUCCAGUACGACACCUACUACAUCACCUUCACCAGUAAGAAAGAGAGUGAUCAGAAGAUCGAGACUAAAGUGAGCGGUAGACUGACCACCUACACUCAGGUAGGGCUGGCGGCCGGACAGCAGUACAUGGUGACCAUCAUCGGAGAAAAGGACGGCAAGAUGGGAACCGAGAGCACCACAGAGUUCCAAACCCUGAUCUCCGGACCCAAAAACCUACAAGUAGUGAAGACCAGCACUACGUCUGUUAUCGUCCAAUGGGAGCAGGCGCUGGGAGAGAUCGACAGAUACAUCCUCUUCGUUUCACCCAAUCAGACGGACGGAUCGGGGCGGGGCAGGCAGGAGAUUAAGCUGCCGGCGGAGAGAGACUCCGCCCAGAUUGAGGGUCUGGAACCCGGUCGUCUGUACGAUAUCUCACUGGUUGCUGAGAAAGACGGAGCUCGGAGUCUACCGUCCACAACCCAGGCCACGCCCGGUCCGGAGCCUCCUUCAAACCUCGUCUUCAGUGAGGUGACCGACAGCUCUCUAAAAGUGUCCUGGACCAGACCCAAGAGCCCAGUGUCCGGGUUUAAAGUCACAUAUACACAUGUAGAAGAUGGAGAGCCUAUAUCCGUGGCGGUUGACGGUUCAGACUCCACCCUGCCUCUGUCGAAGCUUUCUCCCGGCUCUUCUUACGAGGUGAGCGUGAUAUCGUUGCUCGGACUGGACGAGAGCGACCCGAUCGACGGCAUCGUCCUCACGCUGCCCGACCCGCCGACUGACCUCAGGGCCAUAAAUGUCACGGACACGAAGGCCCUGCUGCUGUGGAGACCGGCUCUGGCCACCGUGGACCAGUACGUCAUCGUCUACGGCUCCGAGGAAGUUUCUGGCUCUGAACAGACCGUUAAAGUGUCGGGUAACGCGGCGGAGCAGCAGCUGCAGUCUCUCAGAGCAAACACUAAAUACACCGUCACCAUCAUCAGCCAGCUGGGAGAACACAAGAGCCCAGCCGCCAUCACCAUCUUCACCACCACCAGCGGCUCUGGUGGAAGAGGGGAGGGGCCUCGCGACCUGACCGCCAGUCAGGUGACCCCACGCACGGCCGUGUUGUCAUGGAAACCACCUGCUUCAGCCGUGACGGGCUACAAGCUGACGUACUUCACAGAGAGCCAGGAGAUGAAGGAAGUGAUCAUUGAACCUGGAAUCACUGAGUAUAAGCUGACAGGGCUUCACCCCUCAUCCACCUACACCGCCCGACUGCAGGGUCAGAGAGGAGGAGUCUACACUACAGCUAUCUCCACCCAGUUCACUACAGGUACCCUGCGGUUCCCCUUCCCCUCGGACUGCUCUCAGGAGCUGAUGAACGGGGUACGAGAGUCGGGGGUGGUGGAGAUUUUCCCUCGUGGGAAAGAAGGAAAACCGGUCCGAGUUUACUGUGAUAUGGAGACUGAUGGAGGAGGCUGGACGGUCUUCCAGAGAAGAAAGGAUGGGAAGACGAACUUCUUCAGGGGUUGGCAGGAGUACAGUAAGGGCUUCGGGGAGCUGGAGGGAGAGUUCUGGCUGGGCAAUGAGCUUCUCCACAAUCUGACCAUGAUGACCCCCAUGUCCAUGAGAGUGGACCUGAGGUCCGGAUCUGAGUCCGUCUACGCCGCCUACUCCACCUUCUCUGUAGACACCAUGAAGAGACACUACACCCUCCGAGUGUCGGGGUAUUCAGGAACAGCAGGUGAUUCUAUGACGUAUCAUGACAGACGGAAGUUCUCCACGCGAGACCGAGACCCCCAGCCCUUCAUCACCCGCUGCGCCAUGUCCUACAAAGGAGGCUGGUGGUACAAAAACUGCCACGAAGCUAAUCUCAACGGCCUGUACAAUACACACACCGACCACCAGGGUGUGAUCUGGACCGCAUGGAAAGGGAAGGACUUCUCCAUUCCAUUCGCUGAGAUGAAGCUCCGCCCAUCCUCCUUCAACCCCCGGACACAAGGAUAGACAGAACCAGGGAGGAAGAGAAGAGGAAUAACACAAAACACACACACAUACACACACACACAGAUAUGUACAGUAUAAUCACACACACACACAUGUGCCGGAUGAGUAUGUGGUAUAAAGCAGGUUUAUCAGUAUAUGAUAUUGUACAGUUUUCUGUAUGUAUUUUCUCUCUGUAUUCUGUGCAGUUGUGGUAUGUAUGAAUAUUAUGCACUGUCUCCCUCACUAUGAAGCUACGCUACAACUGAGCAACUUUACCCUGGAUAUAUAAAAUUAUAUUUAUACAGUACUGUGCAGUAGUUUUAGUCCCUCCUCUGUAAAAUAUUAUCCUUAUCUGGCCAGUAAGUGAUUAUUUACUGAGUAAAACACUCAUUUAAAAUAAAUACAUUCAUAGAAAAAGUAGUGUUUCUACAUUACUGUGUUCAUUCAAUCAUCUAUAAACCUAAACAGAUUAACGAGACACAUGUUUCUUCAUUUAUUAUAUACAGUAAUUUUUGCCACAUACAUAUAUUUCAACACUGCAUCAAUGAAAUGUAUAACUAUAACUAUUUUAGUCUUGUUUUAAAAGAAAAAAAAAACUAACUGUGACUUAAAAUGUCAUUUUAGUACCACUUCAAAAGAAGGAUCCUUUAUAAAGGGUUUAUAAAUCGUUUAUAAAGUAGUUUAUUAUUGGGUAUUAAUUAGGUAUAAUUCGUUGAUUCAUUAAUUAUAAUAAUUUAAUAUAAUAUUAAAUGACUUAAUUUAAAAUGACUUCACUAAAACUUAAAAUAAGUGCUUAUUAUUGUUUUUAAAAUAUUUACCAUAUUUAUAUAUUUACUUUAUAAACUAUUUAUACACUCUUUAUAAAGGAGCCUUAUUUUAAAGUUGUACCGUCUUUUUCCUAUUUGGCCGACAAACAUUGAAAGUGCUUUUUUUUAAACCGUUUUCAGUUAAAUAAUUUUGAAUCAGAGCAUCACAUCAGCAUCAUAUCAGCAGCUGGUUUUAUGGUAAAUCAGAUAAGUCAGGUCUUAAUGAUGGUAAAUCAGGUGAGCUGCUGAUGGAAUUGAACAACAUUCGUUUACACUGUUAAAUUCUUCUUAAUUGUACUGGUUUAUGUUUAGCUGCACCUGUUCUAAAGGGAUCUGGAGAUUUAACAGUGAAAAUCAUUGAAUAUAAAGGGAAAAUAAGGGUUCUAAAACUUUUGCACGGUACUGUAUAUCUGUGUGUACUCCACUUGUAUUUUUGCAUUCUGUUUCUGUUGUGUUUCUGAUUGUAUGUUAAAUGUUCUGGCGCUCAGAUGUUGCACAGUCUAAAUAAAGAAAAUGGACAAAAUAAGCAUUUUUAA